AUGAAUCGCACAGAUUGUCUGUGCUUGAUAGAAUCUUCUGCCACUUUCGCUGCCGCUCAAAAUGCCCACACACGCGCCGCGCAAACAAUCCGCCACGACGACGUUUACGCCCACAACAAGCUCAUCCAGAUGUACGGACGGUGUGGGAGCGUACGGGACGCGCUCGCCGUGUUCCACGCGAUGCCCCGUAUCGACAUUUACUCGUGGGUUUUGCUCCUCAAUACAUAUGCCCACAACGGGCAUCUUGGAGCUGCGAAGUUGGUGUUUGAUUCUAUGCAAUACCAAAACCUUGUGUCAUUCAAUGCUAUACUGGCAGCGUAUUCCCAGAUUGGUCUAACCUCACAGGUGCAAGCUUUCUAUGAUCAAAUGCCAGAAAGGAAUCUGGUCUCUUGGAACACUAUGCUUGCAGCAUAUGCCCAAAGCGGGCAUCUUGUUUUGGCGACUGAUUUGUUUCUCGCGAUGGAGGAGAGGAACAUUGUUUCGUGGACGGCGCUUCUUUCGGCGUACGUGCAGUGCAAGGAUCUUAUUCAGGCCGCCCAUGUGUACCAUUCCAUGCCCGAGUGGAACCUUGUGUCGUGGAACACGAUGCUUGCCGGGCAUUGCCAGCUCGGGGAUCUCGGCUGCGCGAAAGGGUUGUUUGAUUCCAUGCCGGAACGAGAUUCCGUGUCGUGCACGACCAUUCUGGCGGCGUACUCGCUGGUGGGAGCUUUCGGUGGCGCCAGGGAGGUGUUUGAGUCGAUGCCGGUGGGCAUGAGGGACCUCGUCGCGCACAAUGCGAUGCUGGAUGCCUACGCCAGGAGCGGGGAUUUGUGCCGUGCGGAGGCUUUUUUUGAUCAGAUGAAGGACGUGAGCUCUGUUUCAUGCACGAUCAUGCUCUGCGCGUAUGCCCAGAACGGUCAUUACAAACUCGCGAAGGAGGUGUUCGAAAGCCUCCGAGAAAAGGAUCUCUUCUCAAACACAGCAAUGAUCUUUGCUCUUGCUGAAAAUUCCAACCUUGAAGAGGCAAAGUUUUUGUUUGACACAAUGCCUGAGCACGACGAGAUCUCGUGGAUGACGCUCCUUGCAGCAUAUGCCCAAAACGGGCACACCGCAUUUGCAACAAAUCUCCUUAAAGCUCAUCAACUUUCUAGCCCAGGCUGCUGGAAUGCAGUCUUAUCCGGGCAUGCAAGUUACGGCCAUACGUCGGAAGCAAAGCCAUUCUUCGAUAACUUCCCGCAAAAAGACCUUGUCUCGUGGAACUCUAUCGUUUGUGCAUAUGCCUUCUCUGGACAUGUUGCAAAGGCCUUGAAACUCUUUCAAGAGAUGCCCGAGCAGGACUUGGUGUCCUGGAACUUGAUCCUUGCAGCUUACGCACACAACGGAAAGCCACUCCAAGCAACGAAGGCUUUCCACCAGAUGGAGCUCCUGUACACUCCAGACGAGGUGUCCCUGACAAGCAUCCUCCGAGCGAGCAGCCACGCGGGCGAUGUCCGAAAGGGGCGACGAGUGUUCUUGUCCCUGACCACGGAUUUCGGGCUGGGGAAUCUCACCAAGCAGCACUACUGCUGCAUGAUCGAGCUCCUGGGACGCGCAGGAUACGUGAGAGAUGCGUGGGAUCUCAUCUCGGCAAUGCCUUACGAGCCGGAUGCUUUCGACUGGGUGUGCCUGCUUGCCGCUUGUCGUGGUCACCGAGAUGUUGGACGCGGAGUGCGGGUGGCUGCGCGCCUCUUCGAGCUGGAUCGUAGGAAUUCGAGGGUUUAUGUCAUGCUAGCCAAUUUGUACAGUGUCUUCUAUCUAAAAUAA